AUGGGAGUUAGCAAUGUCACUGAGUUUGUGCUCCUGGGACUAGACAGCAACCCUCAGAUCCGGGAACUGCUCUUUGUCUUGUUUUUGGUGCUUUACCUUUUGACCCUCGCGGGGAACCUGCUGAUACUGCUGGUGACCAGUACUGAUUCCCACCUAGACACACCCAUGUACUUCCUCCUGAGACACCUCUCCUUCCUGGAUGCUUUCUAUUCCUCAGUCAUUGUACCUAAACUGCUGGAGAACCUUCUUUCUGAGUGGAAGACUAUAUCCUUCCUUGGGUGUUUCAUUCAGAUUUCUCUGGUCAUAUUUUCUGGGGCCGCUGAAGCCUGUCUCCUUUCUGCCAUGGCCUAUGACCGGUACCAGGCUGUGUGCCACCCACUGUUGUAUGCGGCUACUAUGAACAGGAAGGUGUGUGCUGAGCUGGUGGGUGUGUCCUGGACCAUAGGAGUGAGUACAAGCCUGGUUAACACCCUCCUCCUAGCUCAGCAGCACUUCUGUGGCCCAAACCUCAUCCACAGUUUUGCCUGUGAGGUUCCUCCCGUGCUCUUGUUGGUUUGUUCUGACCCCUACACUUCUGUCACCUCCAUCCUGACCACCAUGGUGAUCAUAGGCCUUGGUUCUCUUGUCCUACUGCUGGGUUCCUACAGCUGGAUCAUCAUCACAGCCCUGGGCGUCAACUCGGCCACAGGUCGGAACAAGAUCUUCUCUACGUGCUCUUCUCAUUUCCUUGUGGUCACCAUCUUUUACGGUUCAGGAGUUUCCAGGUACAUGACUCCAGCAUCUGGCUCAACCCUGGAGCAAGUGCUAUCUUUGCAGUAUAGUGUGGUGACUCCGCUGCUAAACCCCCUCAUCUACAGCCUGAAGAACAAAGAUGUGAAGGCAGCUCUGAGGAGGAUGCUGACCAGGAAGUCCAGACUGACCUUCUAG